GCUCUCUUCCAAUAUUUCUUGUCUUUUUCGAUUAUCAGAGACCCGUAUGGAGAAUCCCUAUCCAAUUUCGGCAUGGAAACUCAGCACCCACACCAGACCUGGCUGGAGGAGUUUUUAAGUGAAUUUACGGCAAUCCCAUCGUCAAACACCACAUUUUCGUUGGUGAAUCAGAGAAAUCCCAAACCAUAUGAAAACGGCACUCUUAAACUACGGGGGUCGAUAAGAACGAAUAAGUAUCACCCGAUAUCCGUGUGGCGAGCCACAGCAGACGAGCGACAGCUCGUAGUGAAACAAUUCCAUCCAGUCAGAGCCAAAGAGGUCAGGGAGGUAAUCAGAGCUUCUCCUGAAAUUUUGAAUAAUCCCUUGUUUGAUCGAGUGAUGUUUGAUCGAGUGAAGCAAGAUUACGAUCCAUUCAUCUUAGAGCAACGAGCAUAUGAGAGGAUUGAUCAAGUUGCUUCAGAGGAAGCCAAGGCAUAUUUUCCUAGAUAUUACGGCGCCGCUGACGAGAGAGCUCUUGUUGAUUUUCCUAAAUGUUACGCCAAUUCUAAAGAGAGGGUUCUUGUUCUUGAGUUACUACGGCCAUCUCUUCAGUCACGGUGCGUGUGUUCCAAUUCGGUUCCUGCUUACUUGCGCAAGGACUUGGAGCUCCUACGGGAAGAGAAUGCCAACGCAAAAUUUUCGUCCUUAGAGCAGAGAUGGUACGAAUCUCUCUUUAUUGACCGUCUGAAGCGACUAACAGCACUUCAUUGUAUUGGAAUAACACACGGUGAUAUCAAGGAAGAUCAUUUCCGCUUGCCAGACGACUUUCAUGACACCGUCCUCUUUGACUUUUCUCGUGCAUAUACGAUCACGUCAGGAAGGCCAUAUCUUAUACAAGGCUACGUGAUUGAUAGAAGAUGUGCAUCGAGAUGGGCAGCGCGGAGAUGUAUGCAAAAGCUCGUUGAGUUGGAGAGAAACUGGGUUCGAAGUCUUAUUAAUGCGCGCAUAAAAGAAAACAGUUUCAACUCGAGAUACAAAUCCAACGACAAGGACUAUCUCAUAUCUCACCGUGAUGAACAAGAAUUAAUCGCGAUGAGAAUAUACCGAGUACCAGAAGAAUUCGCUUUCCCGUCACUCGCCUCUAUUCUACCAUUCUUAGAAGAAGCAUCAACCGAUAAGCCAAGAACUUGGCUGAUUUCCAGGGCAAAUUCCUUGGAGGAUUACGUAGCGCUUUGGAUUGUUUCCUACGAUGACGAUGAUCCGUAUUUGAUCGAGAUGGUCUCCUAUUCUGGAGAGAAUAUACGCUCUUAUUCUUCAACUGGUACUUUCGAAGCUAAAGGCAGGAAAUACCAUCUAUUCCUCAUCCCAAAAAGAUGGUUAGAGGAGUUGCAAGUUUCUCGGCAAUUUGCUACGAAGGUCUUAUCGACGCGGCUUAGAAAGAAGAAAGCAUGGACAGUUGACCGAGAGGCUUCCUUUGCAAUAGCUGGUGUUUUGGUAAGACGAGAAAAGGAUGAAUCUGAGCAGCUAGAUAUGUCAGUUGUCACCAGUUAACGAAAAGUGGAGUGCAAAAUUACAGACCGUUGAAGGCCAUUCAUACUCCGUUCAGUCAGUUACAAAUGACAGGUUGUCGGACACUGAGACUGUAAUGAUCUUAUCAAGAAUGGUUAUUAGUAUAAAUAUAUCAUUCUACCUGCAUUUAGAGAACAUAACAAAAGUACCUCUAUCGGUCCUCUACAUAAAGGA